UCAGCUCGGCGGACCGACCCUCAGACUUGGAGAUGGCUGCGAUGAGGAAGAGGUUCUCCUCCUCCUCAGUCGAAGAGGACAGUGCAAGCCUCCAUGACAGUGCUCCCAUUUGUGCCUCUGAUCUAACCAGUGAAGAAGAACAUCCGUAUGCAUCCCUGCUCUGCUGCCACAGCGUCCAAGACUCCCUGCUGAGCUCCAACAGCAGCUUCACCGGAUACAGAGGCAUCCUCAACUGGAUCAUCAUCCUGCUGGUCCUGACUCAUGCUCACCUGUUCCUGGAGAAUUUCAUACAAUAUGGAUUUUUGAUAGAUGUCCAGAAAGUUUGGGGGCAUCUGAUUGAGGACAACUGCAACUGGUCGUCAGUCGUUCUCAUUCUGGCUGCCAACAUGUUUGCUCUGGUAGCUUUGCUCCUGGAGAGCUCCCAGGAAAAGGCGAUGCUGUCUGCCACCAACACUCAUCGGUUACACCUCACUAAUUUGGGGUUGCUGGUUCUAUUUCCUGCUGCAGUCCUCAUGUGUGAGCCCACAAUGUCAACAGGUGGCGCUUUUCUCUCUCUCUUGUUCUACACUGUUCUGGGGAUGAAGCUUUACUCAUACCAGGAAACUAAUCGCUGGUACCGUCUGGCUCAUUUAGGUAAAGACCAGAAUGGACCUGAACCACAAAAAGACCACAAUGAGCAUCUGACAUUCAGAGAUCUCUACUAUUUCCUCCUCGCACCCACUCUGUGCUACCAGAGAGGCUUCCCGCGCACUCCCAAAGUCCGCAUUAACAAGCUGCUGCACAGACUGCUGGAGAUGGUGGUUGUUGUCCAGAUCAUGGUCGGCAUUGUGCAGCAGUGGAUUGAGCCCAUGUUCCGGAGAUCAGAAAUCUCAUUCUCUAGCAUGGCCAUCACUACGAGAGUGGAGCACCUCGUGGGACUGGUGGCACCGACGCACUUCCUCUGGCUCCUCUUCUUCUUCCUGAGCCAUUCCUACCUGAACUUCUGUGCAGAACUGCUGCGCUUCGGCGAUCGCCAUUUUUACGGAGACUGGUGGAACGCCAGAACUUUGAUUGCUUUCUGGAAGAACUGGAAUAUUCCCUUUCAGAAGUGGUGUCACAGACACAUAUACAUAUGGCUGGUGGAGAGGAAUGUUUCUCCAUCACAUGCUGAGUUGCUGGUCUUCCUGAUGUCUGCUGCUCUUUGUGAGUGUAUGAUUGCUCUGCCCCUGCACAGCUGCCGUCUGUGGAUCUUCCUCCUGAUGGUGUUUGAGCUCUUGGUUGCGGUAUUCCUCGGAGACUAUUUCCAGGGAAACUAUGGCAACGGUUUAGUGUGGCUGCUGCUCCUGCUGGGCCCUCCUCUAGCUGUGACCACUUACUUUCACGACCACUACAUCCGCCUCCAUCUUAUCCAUCACCAUCGCCCGUCACCCUCACCGCUGACAUCAGACCGCAGAGUUCACUGACUGCGAGAAGAGUCUCGCAGAUAUUCCUACACUACACUUACAUUUAUGACUGGAUUCAGCUGUGAACCAAAGCUGUACAUGCCUGAAAUGUUUGGGGGGGGUAUAGUCUUAGUAUAGUAGACUAAACCUGAAUUAUGCUCCUACACUUUCACCUCAUGCAGAUGUUCAUGGAAUA